UCGCAUUCCGUACACGAUAGGAGUUUCAGGAAAAAAGCAACUACACUUGAUCGUCAUAUCAUUAUCACCGCACCGGGAGAACGAAUCAAUCGCCGAGAGACAGUCUUGAGGUGAAAACUCCGAGAAAUCAGGUCCUUUUCUUCAACAACAGUCCAAACUUCCAUUUCUCACGAUGUCACCUCACCUUCCAGCAGCGGCCAGCAUUCCGGCGAAGCCCUUUCCCUUCCAAGCUCCUCUGGCACGAACGGCACUGCUCGCAAUCGACCUCCAGCGGGACUUCCUCUUCCCAGGCGGGUUUGGCGAUAUUCAGUCAGACACGCAACUAGAAGCCGUCCAGGCCAUCCUCCCCGCCUGCAAACAGCUUCUUCAACUCUUCCGCGAUCUCCAACUGCCCGUCAUCCAUACUCGCGAGGGCCAUGCUCCAGACCUGAGCGACUGCCCUCCUUCCAAGCUGUGGCGGGUGGGUCAGUCUUCGAGCCCGGGGAAAGUGAAGGUCAUUGGAGAAGAGGGUUUACCUGGAAGCCGUCUGCUGAUCAGAGGCGAACAUGGCCACGAUCUUCACGAGCUCGUUGCGCCAUUCCCGGAUGAGCUUGUCAUCGAUAAACCCGGCAAGGGCGCGUUUUGGAACACUUGCCUCCUCGAGGAGCUGCAGGCUAUGGGCGUGACCCAUCUGGUGGUGAUGGGCGUGACGACGGAAUGCUGUGUCAGCACCACUGUACGGGAAGCGAAUGACCGCGGAUUCCAGUGCUGCGUGGUGGAGGAGUGCACUGCCGGAUACAACGAUGCCGCAUUCAAGCAGCCCAGCCUUGAUAUGCUCCAUUGGUCUGACGGCCUGUUUGGCUACGUCUGCACUCUCUCCUCCAUCAAGUCGGCUCUCACAUCGUUUUUACCACUUCCCACGGCACAAAACUGGUCAAUCGAUUCGCCAAACUCGCUCGAUAUAAACACCCUCGCAGCAGCGUACAGAUCUGGGAUAACCACGCCGGACGCAAUGGUCAGGGCCAUCUACGCGCGGAUCACCGCCCACCCCCAGCGUUCGGCCAUCUUCAUCCACCUGAUCCCGCUCGCCCAGCUCACGGAAACCUGUCGAACCCUAGAAAAAACGUUCCCAGAUCCUACAGCCCGUCCUCCUCUCUACGGCAUCCCAUUCUCGAUCAAAGACUCGAUCGACCUCGCCGGUGUACCCACCACCACCGCAUGCCCCCCACUAGCCUACACCCCCACCGUCUCCUCCACCGUAGUCUCAACCCUGCUCUCCCUCGGCGCCAUCCCCCUCGGCAAAUCCAACCUCGACCAACUAGCAACCGGCCUAACCGGCUGUCGGUCCCCCCACGGCAUCCCACCGAACCCCUUCUCAGCCACGCACAUCCCGGGCGGCUCCUCAUCCGGCUCUGCCGUAUCCGUGAGCUCGGGCCUGGCCUCCUUCGCCGUCUCAACGGACACUGCAGGCUCCGGCCGUGUCCCGGCGGGCUUCAACGGCGUCGUGGGCUUCAAGCCAACAAAGGGCACGAUUAGCUUCCGCGGCGUGGUGACGGCGUGCGAGUCGCUCGACUGCAUCGCGUACACUGCGCGCACUGUGGCGUGCACGAGAAAGCUGUGGCGCCUGACAAAAGGGUUUGACAAAAGGGAUAGGAUGGCGAAGCAUGCGCCCGCGGUAAAGAGGUGGGUUAAUGCCUUCCCUGAAAUCGAGGGCGGGUUUAGGUUUGCUGUGCCCAGUGAGCAGAGCUUAAGCGUGUGUUCGGGCGUGUACCGCCAGCUGUUUUCCGCCGCGGUGCAGUGCAUGCGGGAUAUGGGCGGAGAACUCGUGAGCGAUCAGAGUAUAUGGCCCGUGUUCGAGGCCGCGGGGAAGUUACUGUACGAUGGCACUUUUGUGACAGAGCGGUUGGCCGGGCUGCCGAGGGGAUGGGCGGACCAGCAUCAGGACGAGCUGCACCCCGUCAUCCGCGAGAUCUUUGCCGCGGUCAAGAAACGCGGGUCAACGGCGGAGGAUGUUUACCGCGAUUUACACUCCAUGAUGAGUUUGCGGCGGAAAUCACAAGCCAUCUUCUCCCCGCAGGGAAUAGACGUGCUUCUCGUCCCGACGGCGCCGGCACACCCCACGAUGCGGGAGGUAGCGAACGAUCCCAUCGGCGAGAAUUCCCUGCUGGGCACGUUUACGCACUUCGGAAACGUCCUGGAUCUCUGUGCGAUUGCGGUUCCUGCCGGAACUUAUGUGGACGCUGCCACCGGCGUAAAACUGCCGUUCUCGGUCACUAUAGUGGGGGGUGAGAGGAUGGACGAUGUCGUCUUGGGCUUGGCUGCGAGGUUUGAGGCUGAGGUGGGGAAGCGGGUGGAGGUGGAGAAGGAGGGGGAGGUGAGGGCUAAGCUGUGAUGGGAAUCAUGUACCUAGUUC